AUGAGUUGCCCGCGCAUUUCGCCUUUGUCAAGGAAACCUGAAAAUGAAAUAGACGUAGCAGAGUUCGCCAAUUCGGACGUAUUUAUAUUACUUCGCCAAAAGAACCUGAGCGAUUUGGUCUGCGGCUUCUCGCUUCAAAGAACUUAUGAACAUCUGCGCACAAUUUAUGGCUAUACCCAUGAUACAUUCUUGAAAGCCGCACAAACUCUUGGACUGCUUCACGAUGAUCAACUGCUUGAUUUUGAAACACAGCGAGCGUGCCAUACUGACUCCACCAACAUUGAUGUAUAUCUAAAAGCGCAGAUGUUGUGUUGA